AUGUGUCUGGUCAAAGUCAAGCCGGAAGAGGACCACAUUGUCCCUUACCGUGUCGUCCAGCGGAACCGCUCCCCGCCCCGUCGCCGCGCAUCACGCCAGUCGCGCGACAUCGAGCGCCGCUAUUCGCGCACCGAGAUUGUGCACGAGGCUUCUCCACGGCCCUCAGCAUCCUACGUCGCGGUGCCCUCGCCAAAGCCUCUCCAGAUUCCCGCACCGCAGCCUGUGCCUGUGUUCGUGCAGCCUCCUCCCCCGGCGCCCAUGCCGGCUCCACCUCCACCGCCUAGCCACAUCUCAUCUCACCAUUCGCACCACACCCAGUCACGCCAUGGCGGUGCGCACUACGUCGAAGUCUCGCCCAGGUCUAGCAUGAGUUCUCGUUCAUCGAGCCCUAGCCGCAGCGAGUAUGUGUAUACAGAGCGAGAGGUCAGGCGUGAGCGCGAACGCAACUACAGUCCAGAGAACCCUCGCUACGAGCAUUACAGAUAUGUGGAGCCUGCUGCAUCGAGCGAGAGCGAUCAUUACGAAAGAUACCAGAGGCGCGACAGGAGCAGACAGCGCAGUCGCAGUCGGGGUGGUUAUGAAGACCCCAGCUAUACGGAGACUAACACCAGAGUUGCGUACAGGCAGAGAUGA